AUACAGGGGAGGAGAGAAUACGCAAACAAUAAGAAGACAUAACACACAUUCCUUCACUAUUUUUCCUACAUGUCCACUCUACAGACAUAUGAACCCCUGAAGGAUGCCGUAGGAAAUUUGAUUGGGAUAACCCGGCUUAUCAACACACAGUGAGGUUUGGUUAUUUUUCGGGUGGUAGUGGCAUUCAGUAACUUGUAAAGUUAUUUUUUAGAUGUCGGUCACUAUAUCCUACAAAAAAUUGCAGCAACUAUAAAUGUUAGCAAGUCGCAGCUUUAGAUUGCAGCAACUUGGUUGCAACGUGCAAAUAGGGCGCUUUACUUUUAUCACGCUGUUAUAAUAAGGGGUACCUCGAGGCUUGAAUUGAAAAAAAGGUAUAAUUGUUUAACAUGGAUAAAAUAAACUAAUUAUGAGAAAAAAAUAAUUAACGAAUUAAUGUUUCAUUUUUAAUUUGUACAAACAGUGUAAUAGAUCUAGGUUGUAUCUACAUAUGCAGACUAAUAUUCAAAAUCCACUUGCUGGUGGUAUGGCGAAACGAUUUAACCAAGGAAAGGUUUUAAAAUAUAAUUCCCAAUGAAAUUUCGCUAUAAGAUAUAGAAUGCAUUUUCAGUUUUGAACGUUCUGGGUCGUUAAAAAUCGCGUGACUUUGCGCAGUUACAGUAAUUCAUUAAGUCUAAUUGCUCAAUCACACUUAAGACGUACAUAAACACCAUCAUAUUGUUUCAGCCAUUAAUAUACAAAAUAAUCACGAUUGAAAAUUUGAUUUCAUUUGUCAAUACUCCAAAAUUUAACAUCAACCUAGCAGACUUGUAAUUUAAAUCAUAUGUUUUUCUUUUAUUUAAAAAAAAUUUACUCUAAAUAAGAUUUGAAAAAAUUAAAUUGGGUACCUUGCUCUACUUGAAAAAAAUCUGAAAAUCUCUUCCAAAUUUAAUUCAGCAAAUCAAAUCAAUGUUCAGGUUUCCGGUUUUCUUCAUUUUAUCAUAUAUUUAACAUAAAAUUGAAACAAGGUUAAAAAUUGAAUAGAGAUGAUUCCCCCAUUGCCAUUACUUUUCUUUACAAUUAAAAUUCUUUCAGUACUACACCAGUGAAAAACACAAAAAAAUCCGGGUAUCCGUGUUAAACGCAAUCUUAAAUUUAAAAGUAUAUUAUUUGUAUUGGUUCAAAAGCUGCCACUAUUCCCCCUUGAUAAUUUAACAAAGUAUAAACAUAUAAUUUCCGUGUGUGUAGCUGCUCAUUCAACUGCCUACUUACUUGGUUCUGAUUAAAGUGUUUGUACGAGCAUUUUAUUAAGCAGAUCAAGCGCAAAAAUAACAAAGGAUGCACAGAAAUUGGUUCGUUGUCUUGACUUGUGCGGGUAUUGUGUUAACGUGUUCGGGAGGGAGAAUCAGUGGUCGAGGAGCAAAAUUUGGCAGAGGCAGACUAUAUCAUUCCAGAAUACCAAUAGUGAUUCAACAUCGCAAUCAGGCGUCUGUGAAUUACUACGAAAAUAAGGAUGGAGCUAAAAUAAUUAAAUCGAGUCAUUUUGAACUAGAAUACAUGCUAGGCAGAAAGAUAACAUUUUUUUGUAUGGCGCAAGGUCUUCCAAGACCUGAAAUCACUUGGUUCAAGGACGGAAUCGAACUCUACCACCACAAAUAUUUCCAGGUUCAUGAAUGGCAGGAAGGGAACGAUACUAUAAAGAGCAAAAUGGAAAUCGAUCCGGCGACGCAGAAAGAUGCAGGAUUCUACCAAUGCCAGGCGAAUAAUAAAUACGCCAUCGACUCUAGGGCUUUCCGCACUGACUACGCUAUGCUCACAUAUUGAUUGUUAAAUCCAGCGCUAGAACUUGUAGCACAUACCACAUAAAAUAAAAUAAGAUUAUUUC